UCCGCAGGAACCCCAGUAUAAAAAUGCAGCCCGUUCUUUUUCGUCGUAUUUGGUCGCCAAAAUGGGGGUCACGGUCCCAGGCGUUCCUACCUGAGUCGCUGGGAACUGGGGAUGAGAAUCAUAACUGCAUGCUAAUCAAUGCAAAUCUAAACCCUGUUUUCUUCGUUCCUUCUGCUUCGGUUCGUGGGAUAAUAAAGUUGUUGCGUGAAGAAAUCUUUGGAAAGUGCUAUGCCUUAUAUGAUCAUCCCACAUACAACCGCACUCGCCAUUCGUGGUAGGCCCACACUAAAAGAUGUAGAGCUUUUUCGGAACGGGUCGGUCCACGAAUYUUAUAGCUUGAAAGCGUUGAAAUCUUUGAAAACAUGUAAGCUUACUAGCCAAAUUCAUACUAGUUAUCACGAGGUAACAAAUGAGCUAUAUUCGACACAAACCUCGACAACACUACAAAAACUAUGACUAGUGACUCAACAGAAAACUAUGACGUUGAAAUGAACACCUUAGAUGUUGAAAUAACAGAAAAUCUCCUUGAGCAGAACCUCGAAGGUCAAGCAAACAACAACAAGCAAAUCGCCAUAUUGGAUAAAGAAUAUAAUAAGCGAAGCAACUUGAAAAGUAAAUAUCUAAGUUUAACUUUCUUGAUAAAUAUCCYGAUUCAUUUCUUUGCUUUUGUUGUAUUCAAUAGUCGUAAAAUACGAUUUGAUUUUGCACAAAUAACCAUUUGUGUUUAUAUCGUACAAGCGAUUGUGAACAUUAGUUUGGUUUACGUAUGGAGUCGCACGUGCUUAGUAAAAGACGUGGUAAAUACUCUUGGUGUCUGUAACAUGCUAGAAAACGUUAUCCAUUCUACAAAUGUACAUGAACAUAAUGAUGUUUUAGUGUCAAUAAAGGUACAAGAAUUCAGAUAUCGUUAUGCUAAGUAUGUAUUUCAUAAUUGUCAUGUUGAAUGUGAUAGUCAUGGCUCUAGACGCGAUCAUGAACCAAGCAGGGUACCAGUGAACAGAUUAAAACGUGUCUUUCAAAAAAACAGAAAACUAAGGAGUUAUGUAUGCAGAAAUUUAAGUAAAAACACGCCUAAGUCAUCGAAAGUUCAUUGUCUUAUUAAAAAUAUUGCAACGAAAAAAAGAAGUAUGUGGUACAAACCAGGUAUCAGAUUUGUACAAAAAAUGAGAAGGAAACCAAUAUUUAGAACAGGAAAACUUAACUCUUCAAUGAGAUAUGUUUACAAUUCCAGGAGAGAAAAAUAUAGGGAUAAAUGUCUCAAAUACAUAAGGUGGUUUUCGUGUAAUUUCCCAUAUAGUGAGUAUAAGGGUUUAGAUCAUAAAAGCAACUGUGCAAAUUACAAGCUUUUUAAUGAUAUAGAGAAAAACCCAGAUCCAGCUGUCACCCACCAUGUUGAUGCUAGUAAAACAGUAAGUGCUGCAUAUAGUCAAGGGGAUGUUGUUACAUUUGGAGAAAAUGCCGGGCAACAAUGUGUUGCAAUGAGUUUAUAUGCUUUAAUUUAUCACCAAAUGAAAGGGAUAACCAACUCUGAUAACUUAAAACAAAUCAUGCAUAUUGGGGUUCAAUUGUUUUUACUGUUAACAGAAUUACCGGCAAUGCUUACAGUAUUAUAA